AUGCUCUCUAAAUGUAUUCUAUGUCACGGAUUCAACAGAAUAAAACCUACAUCUUUUAAUCCUAUGCAUAUUCCUUCUUAUCGAUAUGCUAGCAACAAAUAUAUAGUUCUUGGUAUUGAGACAUCAUGCGAUGAUACUGGCACUGCAAUAAUUGAUAAAAAGGGAAAUUUAUUUGCUGAAACGCUAUUGUCACAAAAUGUUAUACAUCUCCGGUAUGGUGGUGUUAAUCCAUUGAUUGCCAGAGAUCUGCAUCGUGAUAAUAUAGAAAGGGCAGUAAAUGAAACAGUUAUGAAAGCAAAACUGCAAUUUCAAGAUAUUGAUGCCAUUGCAGUAACCGUCAAGCCUGGUUUAUUGUUUAGUUUGCAAAUUGGUGUUAAAUAUGCUAAGUAUUUAUCAAAAAUAUAUCACAAACCUUUAAUACCUAUACAUCAUAUGGAAGCACAUGCAUUAGUGGCAAGGAUGUAUAACAAUAUAGAUUUUCCUUUUCUCGCCUUGUUAAUAUCAGGUGGUCAUUGUUUAUUAACAUGUGUAAGAGGUACAGAUGAUUUUCUUCUACUUGGGGAUACUUUAGAUAAUGCUCCUGGUGAAGUACUUGAUAAAGUAGCAAGAAGGAUGAAACUAAGAAAUAUACCAGAUUAUUCUCAACUACCAGGUGGAAGGGCUGUGGAAUUAGCAGCAGAGAAUGCCAAAACUUUCGAAGUAUUUGAAUUUCCUUUACCACUGCAUAAACAAAGGGACUGUAAUUUUAGUUUUAGUGGGUUAAAAGAUGCAUUUUCUAGACAUUUAUAUAAAAAAGAGUCUGAGCAUAAUAUUAAAGGUGAUGAAAUUAUUCCAGAAGUGAAUGAAUUGUGUGCUUCAUUUCAAUAUGCUGUUGCAAAGCAUAUUGUCCACAGAGCAGAGAGAGCUUUAAAGUUUUGUAUAUUACGUAAUUAUAUUCCUGUAGAUAACAGUACUUUAGUAGUGUCUGGAGGAGUUGCUUCAAAUAAUUUCAUUUUUAAAUGUUUGCAAUGUAUGGGGAAUGCAAUGAAGUGUAAUGUAUUACGACCACCCCCCAAAUUAUGCACUGAUAACGGAAUUAUGAUUGCCUGGAAUGGUAUUGAGAAAAUUAAUAGUGGUUAUCCUUCCACAGACAUGGAAUUAAUAGAUAUUGAUCCAAUUGCACCUCUUGGUGUCAAUGUCAAAGAUGAAGUAAGAUAUGAUAAUAUUCAUGUUAAGUCUACAAGAUUAAAAAAUAUGUUUAUAUCAGCAUAA